CUGAAGAAAAUAGACUUAAAGGAAGAAUACCCAAUUGCCGUGUACACACUGCUUGUCAAAAAAUAUUUGGAGAUAAAAGUCGCCACCUUAGAAAAACUUAUUGCAAAAUGCGAAGGCUCGAUUUCAGACGAAGUUUUGACAGGAACCAGACAGCUAUUGCUUCAAGUAGAAGAAAGUAUAACAGAAGAUGAACCUGCUGAUUUAUCAGAACUUCAAGAAGAAAAUAACAAACUGAAAGAAAGAGUAAAGGAACUCGAAAAUGAGCGGGACAGUUUACAAUCGAUAGUCAACCAAAAGGAAGAAGAGAACAGUUGGAUAAAGCCACUUGUUGACGACCAUGUGGAUUUCAAGGCUAUACAAUUCAUUGCAACCGUCGCAGAAUCUCGAAAGGAGUUUUUUCUUUUGCUUGAGUCGUUGCCUUUUGCUAUCAAAGAAAAGCCAGAAGUUGUGAGUCAGCAUCAACAAGAGCAUAUUCACGAAAUUCCUGAUCCCUCGCUGGUGACAUCUAACCUACAAAAGUUGGAUUCUGAAAAAUUCUGGGAGUGGAAUUGUGAUACAAAUCCUAAACAUUGGCGACAGUGGUUCGGACUGAAGGAGAAUUUCGAAGAUUACUGCAAGCAUCUUGUAGACUGUUGUCAAUCCAUUGCUUCGUUGGUCAACUUGAUUAUUCCUUUAUUCAAAGGAGCUUUCAAACAAAAUAAACAAGAGACACUAGAAUUGUUAAACAGGCAUAUGGUGAAAGAGGUGGGCAAGUUUAUUUGUGAAACAAGAAACUUUUAUGUAUUUUUAGAUAAUCUGAAGUCAAACUUCACUGGAUAUCAGAAUUGUUCGUAUAAAUCAGAUUUUGUGAGAUAUGAAUCAUACUUGGAAAAGAUAUUACCUGGUUUUAGAAAAUACCCGUGUUUUUGCAUAUAAAUUUAAAGAAGCUGUUCAAAAAGGAUUGAUCGAGUUUGCUGAUGAUAAUAUAAGUGUAUUCCACACUUUAAAAUGGAUCUGUGAAAAGUAUGCUGAAGGUGUUGAAGAGGUCAUAACAAGUUAGGCGCGAUAUUCGGCAAGCAAUUUCGAAAUUUUUCAAGAGAGUGGAGCGUGUUUACUAGCAUAUAAAUGAUUUAAUAGGAGUUACAAUAUAGUAUACAACUUUAUUAACAAGUGCCACGAGUGUCAUAAAGCGAGCCUGCAGCAGCGAAUAUAAUAUUCUUUUCAACGCAUGACGACUUAACAAAUUAAACUUUUUUUAAAAAGUUUUGCAACCAGUGAUAAUGUUGAAGAUGAAUAUCAUUCCGUCAAAGAGUUUUGGUAUUUACAUAAUGAUGAUUUGCAACGAGCCAUAUACUAUAGAUACUAGAUUGCAUUUUGGUUUUGAAAUAUUAUAUGCUUUUGAUUAUGGUAUAUAUUUUUGUUACACUGUCUUUGUGUGUUUGUCAUCCAUUUGAAUUGAAUGUGUUUUUGUGAAGGAUUAUGAAAGAUUUCAUUGGAAUUCAAAAAGGAUAUAACACAUCAUAUGCGGACAUAAAACUUAUUUAAGAACUGUUUUCAAUAUUAAAUGUAUGUAUUGAAUUUGCACACUUAGAUAUUUUGUAUAUACAAUGUUUGCAAAAUGUUAUCAUGUUUUCAUGUUGUAAAUAUUCAUGACUUGGUGGCCAUUUUGUCAAGUCUGCAACUAAUUUUCUCACUUUAAACAAGUGUGCAAUCACUUCAUGUCCUGUCCCUUGCAUAAGAUCUUUUCAUAUACAUGUAUGCUAAAAUAGUAAAUGGCGCAUGCUCGAUUUGAUUGGGCUUGCUGAUGGGUGAUACUAGUUAUUGUAAGCUACUUUCCACGCUUUCAAGCACUGGCUUAAGCAGAAUUCAACAUUUGAUCAAUUGGACUGUGUUUACUAGCAUAUAAAUUAUUUACUAUGAGUAACCAUAUAGUAUACAACUAUAUUAACAAGUGCAAGGAUUGUCAUAAAGCCAGCCUCCAGCAGCGAAUAUAAUAUUCUUUUCAACACGUGACGAUUUAACAAAUUGAACGAAUUGAACUUAAUGAAAAUUAUUUUGUUUUGACUUUAUACGCGCGCUUUUAUAUGCUUUUUUAUUUGUUUUUCUUUGUUUUGUUUUCUCUCAUGAAAUAUAUAUGCGAAAAAAUUGACGUCACAUACCCGUGCCGAUUUUGUGACUCCGUAAAAACGGUACCGCACGGUCGUGCACAUAUUUCAGACAUUCCGUCAUUUACCUUAUACAAACAUUGUGUGUGUUAUCAUUACA